GUGACUCCUUACCGGCCGACAUCCCGCUGAAGCACGCUCCGGGCGAGGUCGUGCUGACCAAGCUCCAGUCCCUAGCAGCCUCCAAAGAGAAGAGGAAGCAGACGGAGUUUGUGUCGGAGCUUUGUGAACGAACAUGGGUCCUGGCGACAGACAUGAAGGCGGGUAAAAGCCCCGAGAUGUCCUUGGCGCCUCGCCUCCUCCGCGAGGUGAUGGGCCUUAUGGACAUGAAAGACCUCAAGGAGUCGAAGCUGAUUUUCAAGCUGGCCAGAUGUGCUCUGGUGCUGCUCUCGCUAGAGGUGGCUACGCAAGGUGUCCCUGUCUCGGGCGUUCAGGCUGCCUACCAGAACAUUUCCCAGGUGCUCUUCAAAUAUUCUCAGAAGGAAGGCAAUGACACCGAGUUCCUCUCUGAGAAGCUUAUCGAGCCCCUCCUGGAGGUGCUGGAGUCGGAGAGCCCCGCUUGCUCUGCAGCGGAUCUUCGGGUGUACAUCGUUGGCAUCCUCAAGAAUGUCUCCAAUGACACAGCGAACCAGAAGUUUUUGGCCCAGCGCGGUGCUGUGGGCUCACUGUUCAAGAUGCUGGAUCCAAGCAAACUGGUGGGGGGCGCCAAGGAGGCGCCGCUGCUCAUCCAAGCGACCGCAGCUUUGAG